GCGGCCGAGCUGCAGUAGAGUUGUGUUUCCAUGUGAAAUGUUUCUGGUUACACCACCAACCAGGGAUGAAAUGAUCACCUGCCAGGCUACAUGCUGGCUGUGGCAGAAAUGGCAAAGGUUCAAACCCCGCAGGAUAAGUUGGGUAAGACCCCUGUGAAGAAGAAGAACAACAACGCAAAACUCUCCCAGAAGGCCAAAAAAGUCUACUGUGAUUUGUGUCGCAAGUCUUAUUUAAAACAUGAAGCUCAAGAGCAUGUGCAUGGUAUGCUGCACCACAGAGAGCUGGAGACGGUGCUGGGCAAGGAUUCAUUCCAUGAAUGUCAGGCGUGUAAGGCCUCCUCCAUGGGAUUAGAUGAGUAUGCUCAGCACAUCUCCACCGCUCAACACAAAGUCAAGCUGAAGAUCCUGAUGAAUAGAAAGAUAAAGCCCCUCGCUCUGUGUAAAACUCUGAGCACAGACACCAUGGAUCGGAUCAGAGAGAGAAACAAGACACUGAAAAAAGAGGAGAAGAAAGCAGUGAGAAAGAGAAGAAAGAAACUGAAGCAGGCAGCUGGUCAGCAGCGUGGAGAUAUGCGACAGGGAGGCAGCAGAAACCUCCCGGUGGUGUCCACGGUGGUGAAACAAGUGAACAUGAGGAGGACACUGCAACAGGAGACCUACCAGCAAGGAAUAAACAAUGCUGUUGUUCAAAACAAAGAGAAUAAAGUGUUCAGUCUGCAGAGGCCUCUUCAAUCAACCCUGCAGAAUCAAAGUGGAAGAUUGGCGUGUUUGCCAGGAGAUCCAGCCGCUCGUUACCCUUCUGUCCGAGACCAGUUCACACAGUCUGCUCAGCAGCUGACGUACGACGUUACUGUCAAAAUUGAGGGCUCCCAAACAGUUAGAAGAACGUACAGCACCCAAGGAGGCGCCGCUAACAAGCCAAAACGAACCGCACGACCUGCCGUCUGCCAAAAUGACUAUUACAACAAGCAGUACGACGGAGAAUUCACCAGUGAUCACCUUCCUCACAACGGAGCCAUCAUCUUCGAUCAAGGCCAGAAUGAGAGUGCGGAAUCUUCGGGACAAGAAGGUUCAGCUCAACCCGCUCCAGCGAACGGAUCCGCCGCCAACGCAGUUCCCAUACGGGACGUCGACGUCAGCGCGAUGCUGCGGCAAAUCAGAAGAGCGCUUGGCGUGAGGGAGCCGUGUAGAGCUGACCGUGAAGCCCGGAAGCAGAGCAGCGAGGUGGGCGUCCGUAAAGCCGAUCGUACCACCGCGCGACAAGCUGGAGCUGAGAAAGAGAAGCCGGCAAGUGGCUCCUUAAGAAACUACGCCAAGGAGGCUGCUGCAGCUACAUCUGUGCAAUCCUCGCAGGUCAACAGCUCUGCUCCUGCAUCCCCCUCUGGUGUCGGUCCCUCCGGUAUAGCUCCUCCUAAACCGAAGCAGAGAACAUUCAAAAUGACACAAGUUAUGACUCUGCAAUGUGAGAAGAGCUCAAUGUUGGCAAGUGACUCAAAUGGACCAUCAAACAGCGGGGAGAGAAUACCUCCCCGCGACAUCCAGUCCUCCCUCAGCAGAUGUUCGACCGCACCCUCCGAGCCCAAUGUGAACGCCGCCCCCAAGGUUCGAAUCGCCCACAAAUCAGCCACAGUUCAGGGGGGGAAAGAGGCUGCGCUUAAACCAACCCUGAAUAAACUGCUCAGCUUAUCAGGAGCCAAGAGUCGGACCAGCUGGAGGGAGAUAUAUGAGGAGAACAAGAGGAAGAAGCAGGGGAGGGCCAGAGGCUUGCCCAGGUUUGGGAUUGACCUGGCGAACCGUCGGUCUGACAAAGAAAGCAGCUCAGCACAAGCUUGGACAAUAGACAACAGCCAGACUCUGUCAGAAGGCUUCCACUGGGAGUCGGUCCCAGAACGUCCUUCAGGUGCACAUUGCACCGGACUUCCUCCUCCUCCUCCUCCGCCUCAGAACACAACACAUAAUGACUCUCGCACAGAAACACAGUCAAGUUCUCAGACGCAGGAGCCUUCAGAGCCGCCUUCGGAGCCGCCCGGUGCAGCGCAGGAAGGCUGCAGCAGUCAGCCGCUCGACGCCGUCUCUGUGAAGGUGGAGCCACGCUUGGAGGAUGAGAACGGGGAUUCAAGAGGCGACAGCAGCACCAGCAAGAGGAAACACAACGUGUACGACGGCGUUUCUGAUCAGGAGCCAAGUGGAAAAAAGAAGAAAACAAAGUCAAACAAAGACCAGGGCCCGAUGGACCAGCUGCUGGCCGUGUCUCUGAGGGAGGACGAGCUCAGCCACUCACUGCAGGAUUUGGACAAGUCUCUGGUCCAGGUCCGCAACGCCCUGCAGGCUGCCUACACAGAAGUCCAAAGACUGCUGCUUCUGAGACAGCAGUUCACUGCUGAGGUCAACAGUCUGAGAGCGCAGCGCAUUGAAAUCCUGCAAGGGAUGCAAGGAGGAUACGUCGGAGCAGAGAGACCCUCCACCUCAUCAGCUGCUGCAGUGCAGCCCAGACUCUCUCCCCUUCCUUCCUCUAUUGCCUUCCCCUCCUCCUGCUCCUCCUCCUCUAGCCAGCAAUCAUCUCCCACUAUCCCAGCAUCCUCCAUCAGCCCCCUUGCCCUGCCACCAACCAUGCAAGUAAAGCAAGAAAUCUUCCAACCACCCACAGCUGGACAGGCCGGUCAGUUUGUCAAAACGGUCUCCUGUAACUCUGAUACACUUCAGCAGGUUCCCGUGAACCAGCCUGCGCCCUUGUUUCCUUCUGAUUUGCUCCCUUCACUGCUGCUUCCGUCACCACACUUAGCUGCUCCUACAGCUGCUGUUACCGCCGUCAAACAACUCAAAACAGAGCACCCUACUUCACCAGAUACUAAUGAUGUCCCUGAAUCGUCGGCCAGGCAGCAGACAGUGACGUUAGCGAGAGAAGAAGCACAGUCGGUUGACAGUGAUUCUGAGGAAGAGGAGGGAGGGAAUCUCUGCAUAGAAGAAGUUAAAGAAAAAGAGCCAGCAGCAGCAGAGAAGCCAGUCGCUGCUGCUGCUGUAGCUCCAGACGACGACGACGGAGGGAACGAGAGCGACGCCUCCGUCAAAAUGAUGGAGCCCUCCAACCUGGUGGUCAUCGACAUCGAGGAAUCGGACAAUGAGGAAGCGCCAGAUGUUCCAGUCCACCAAGAGCCUCCUCAGAAGUCCGUCAGCGUGAAGUUUAAUUCUUCGAGCACGCAGAUGUUUCAGAAGAAUGAUGCUGAGAGAAGAGUUCAGCCUGUUGUGCCAGUGAAAGACGCCAGUGUUGCUCCAGAGUGUGUUGAAGUGGUCGAGCUCGAGGACGAGGAGCCGUCCGUUGGAGAUUUCGCGAAUCACACGGGCCCCGUCCACGGCCUCCAUAUUCACGAGGGCCGGUUGUACACGUGUUCAGGGGACAACACAGCGCGGGCCUACAGUCUGACGACGAGGGAGUGCCAAGCGGUGUUUGAGGGUCACACAAACAAAGUCAACUGUCUGCGGGUGUCGUCCCUCCCCAACAUGCCGGCGCUCCUCUACACCGGCUCCAGCGACCAGACCAUCCGCUGUUACAGCAUAAAGACCACGAAGUGUCUGUCUCAGAUCUCUGUGUCAGACAGAGUGUUGUGUUUGCACGUUGCCUGGAACAUCUUGUACGCUGGACUCGCCAACGGAUCAGUGGCGAGCCACGACUUAAAGACUCUGAAGAACUUGGAUGUGUUCGAGUGCCACGGCCCGCGAGGCGUGAGCUGUCUGGGUACGGCGCAGGAGGGCGCCCGCCGAGUGCUGCUGGUCGGCUCCUACGACAGCAGCAUCAGCGUACGAGACGCCAAGAACGGCCUGCUGCUGCGCACACUGGAGGGUCACACCAAAACUGUACUCUGCAUGAAGGUGGUGAACGACCUGGUGUUCAGCGGCUCCAGUGACACGUCUGUUCACGCCCACAACAUCCACACGGGUGAGCUGGUUCGUAUCUACAAGGGUCACGAUCACGCCGUCACAUCGAUCGUCAUCUUGGGGAAAGUGAUGGUGACGGCCUGUCUGGAUAAACUGGUCCGAGUUUAUGAGCUACAGUCCCAUGACCGCCUGCAGGUGUACGGGGGUCACAGUGACAUGGUGAUGUGCAUGGCCGUACAUAAGAGUGUGGUCUAUACGGGCUGUUAUGAUGGCAGCGUUCAAGCUGUGAAGCUCAACUUGAUGAAGAACUACCGCUGCUGGUGGCAGAGUUGCGCUAUGAUCUUCGGCAUGGCGGAGCAUCUUCUGCAGCACCUCGUCAGAGAUCACAGCAACCCCAACCUGCAAGCGGUCAAAUGUCGCUGGAGAAGCUGCAGCACUUUCUUUGGCACACAGCAGUCAGUUCAGCAGACGCUGCCUGAACACAUGCAGAGCCACGUGGAGAACGACAGUAAAGUGCAGCCUUGACGGCGGCGGUGUUGGUGGCGGCGGCGGCGGUGAAGCGAUGCAGCAGAUAAGGUUGUUCUUUUCAGGAUUUUUGGUUUUAUUUUCCAUUAAUUUCCAGUGGGAGGUAAUUCUUUUUUCCUGUUAUUUUCUAGCUUCUGAUGUGUUGAUCACGUCUCUUUGGUCUUGUGCACAGUUGUAUGUUAGACGGAACCCUUGUUAUUGAUCCCUGAAGCCGUUGUGUGACCGUAUUAUUGAGACGUUCACUCUCUAACAAUCAACCCUGCUGUUAAAAUAACUAUUGUCAGGUAUUUACUUCAUCACUUAUCUGGAGUUAUCAGUAAUUACUCUAUUUUUUUGGAAGUUUUUUGUUGUCACUGUGAACUCAUGACGUGGAUUUGUUCACCGUAAAUAUAUAUCGUACAGUGAGCCUCUUCAGAUAUGUGUCAUUAGUAUAUGUGAAGCAAUUAUUCAGAACAUUUCUACAGCUAUGCAGCACUGGCAUAAAACACCUCCGAGGAGCUUUUGCAAAGCA